AUGAGUUUCGUUACACAGGGAUCCAUUCCGGAAGUUGUAGAGCGAUUUCCAGGCGCAUCUAUUGAGGACAGAACGGCGAUUCUUCCACAAGUCAAUGAUUUAGGACCUCCUGAUUUGGUUAAUUUGAUCAAGAUCAUUGGCCAACCUACACCCAAAUCGACACCUCAAUCGCUACAAACAACAGGUGUCUAUUUAUACUACACUGGUGCGGACACUAGUAAUGUUGCCACGGUUGCUGCGUUGCUCAAUUCCUUGGCAACAAUCAUUGGCGAAGAACCGCAGAUGUGGUUUGGCAAACGCAAGCCUUGGCACGUAUCUCAUGCCACAUAUUCCACGUAUAAUGCCUUCAGAAAAAUGGACAUAAGAGUGCACGUCGCAUUUCCGGGUAGUGUGAAAUGGGAAGUUUUAGACCAAUAUGGCAAUCAUGCAAGUAGUGAUAUCAUUGGCAACGAAGAAAGUGAUGACAUUUGGACAGAAUGCUUUGUGUCAAGCAUGGUGAGAUCGUUAAUUACUGCAGACGAUGAUGGCGACUUUGCGUCAAUUGUAGAGAUCCGGAGAAUUAAUCCGUUUAUGAAUCCCAAAGUUAGCAUACCUGAAUUUUUGAAUGGAUUCAAAAAGUUAUAUAUUCAAGGUGAAAAACUUGGUUGCAAUGAAUUCGUCCAUGCACCUUCAAGAUUGGACAAUUAUUUAGUCGAUGCCUUUUUUAACUGUGUGGAGCUGACUCAUUGCUAUGAACAGGCUUUGGAAAUCCUGUACUCUUUAGUUGAUGAAAACCCCGAAGUUUCUGUUUUAAUUGCCAGAACCCUAUUUUUAGCAAAUAGGGAGAUUGAGGCCGUGAAAUACAUCCAUGAAAAGUUAGCAGCUAGUCCUAAUAUAUUUGAGGUUCCAGGUGCUUCUCACUUGCUAUUAUUACAAUCCAAAUUCUGCUUUGAUAAACAACGCCCAGAUUUGGCAUUACCAUUGGCAGUGAAAGCCGUUGAAUCUUCUCCAUCGUUAUUUGAACCAUGGGAACAUCUGGCAAAAGUUUAUAUUGCCUUAAACAAAUUUGAAGAUGCUCUUCUGACCCUUAAUGCUUGUCCAAUGGUGACCCACAAAGAUAAAUAUAUCUUGAAGCGAAUUGCAUCGGGUGCUGCAGAAAGGUUAAAGGAACAGUCAGAGAGAGAUUCAACACAGCCAAUCUCAUCGUCCUCCCCCAGACCAUCUGAUAUGCAUUUGCCCCUUCCUAGCGAUGUCUUUCUCAGUGGUGUAACAAAUCUAAGUUCUGUAGAUGUUGCGGCAGAACACGCCAAAUUAUCCAAAACUUCCAAAUCUGAUAAUGAUAAUUCUAUUACUCCAUCAAGUAUCCUCUCGUUACCGGCAUCUACUCUAAAGUCAACUUUUAAGAGAUCCUAUCUUUUGCUUGCCCAAAUUGUUCAUAAAAUAGGAUGGGAGAAUAUGCUAAAAAUGAGAUCAAAAGUCUUUGUUAUGGAAGAAGAGUGGCACUUGUCCAACCCUUCAAUGGCCAAGUUGUCAUCACACUCAGCAACAGACUUAUCGGGUGACUUCCGUAAGAAAAGGCUAUGUGAGAGAUGGUUAGACAAUUUGUUUAUGUUGUUAUAUGAAGAUAUGAAGGUUUACACUUUUGUACGUGCUCAGGAAAUGCAAGCAGAGUCAAUGUCGGAUACGCUAACUCCACCGCUUGAUUCUGGUUCAUGGUGUGGCUCUCCAAAUGCCGAGAAAACUUUGGAUCCUUACACUGAAUCACGUACUUGUAUAGAAUGGGAAUUGAUUGGUUUAAUAUGUGAGAGAUUAGGUCACAAAAGAGAUGCCCAAAGGUGCUAUGAACGUGCGUUAGCUAGAAGGUUCAGUGUCCGUGCUGGAAAGAAAUUGAUAGGUAUUUACAGCCGGUGGAGGAAUCGUACCCGUCAACAAAUUGGUGCUCAGGGCAAAAUAUCCAAUUCUAUUACGCUUGGAAACGGGAACAACUCCAAAAUCAUGAACAACGCUAACAAUUCGAUGGCAACACUUACAAAGAGCGUCUCCCAUAGUUACCCGUCAAAGGAUUUCACCAUGUACGAUCCGGCACUUUUGAGGCUCUCUGUGGGAUUACUUGUAUGGGAUUAUAGAUGGUACACAUUAUUUUCACCAUUAUUAUUGGACACACUAGCGGAAGUGUUUAAUGAUAUUGGCUCCACGAAGGCCGAAAGUGAAGUUCGUAUCUGGUUUGACGAGCAUGAGGGUAAUCGUGGUGUACUAGAUCUAGUUAAUCUUGCCACAACCAUUUUAGAAUCUUGGGGGCGUGUUGAAACCGAACACUGA